CCCCUUAGUCUGCUUGAUUCCGCGGUCUAAUCGUUAAAGAAGGUUUCAAGAACUAAAAAUGAAGUACCUUUCUGCUUACCUCCUCGCCACUCUCGGUGGAAACGCCACUCCCUCCGUUGAGGACAUCACCAACAUCCUCGGAUCCGUUGGUAUUGAGGUCGAGACCGAGCGCGUCGAGGCUCUGGUUGCUGAGCUCAACGGCAAGGACAUCAACGAGCUCAUCGCUGAGGGCUCUGCCAAGCUGGCCUCCGUCCCCGCCGGUGGUGCCGUUGCUGCCUCUUCUGGCGCCGCCCCCGCUGCUGCCGCUGCCCCCGCUGGUGGUGCUGCUCCCGCCAAGGCUGCCGAGAAGGCUCCUGAGCCCGAAGAGGAGGAGGAUGACGACAUGGGCUUCGGUCUCUUCGACUAAACGCCUCUGUGUAUAGUUUAUUCGCCCACAAUAAAUAUCACACAUUGUCAUCUGCGUCGUUUCACA